UCGACUACCACAGUUCACCCAUAUUUUUAUUUUUGUUUUAGCGAAAUAGUUCACCCAUUAUAUCACUUAAUCUCCUUUUCUCUUUUCUCUUUUUUUGAGCAAUAAAAACCGCUAAAUUUUGCAUAGAACACAAUGGGAGAAAUAUAAUUAUCAACAGAAAAUAGAUAUUCAAGCAUGGCUUCUACUGGUAUCGUGGUGUUACACAAGACCCUAUUGCUUCCAAUUUCGUCUCCUAAAUGUUGCAAAAAUCAGAUUUCUCCACUCAAAACGUCCCAAUUUCUUUCCUCAAAUUCCCUUUCGGAGUUGAAGAUGCAAAUCCGAAUUCCGUCCGUACACAUCAAGCAGCUCAAGAAUCACAGACUUCCAGUUAUAUCUGCUGCGCAAUCCAAUUUGUUCAAAGCUAUUCUAACCAUAUGGAAGGUUGGCAAGGAUGGUGUUGAAGCAGGAACUAGCUUCGUGCCAGCUGCUGUUCCAAGACCAUUAGCAAGGCUUUCAGUGACUGCUGUUGCAGUCACGUUGGUGCUCUUUGUGCUGAAGUCGUUCAUCUCUACAGCCGUUUUUGCACUGGUACAUUCUUACGCCCUAUUUUUCAUACUUGAAGAUGCAAAAACCAAAUUCAAGAUUGCACCAAAUCUGCCUUCUACUUAUCCUUUAAUGCCUUGUAAAAUUUUCAUUGCUUAUGUUGGUUUUGAACUUUUAAUAGCUAUUACAGUGUGAAUUCCCUUUGCCAUCAUAGCAUUCAUGGUCGUUGCUCGAAUAAACUUCAUAGUGUACAAUGAAAAGUCCAAUCCUUGAAUCUCUGAAAUUUUAUACGUGGAAGUGGCUUUCUUAUCAUUCGAUGAGCAUCUUGUAUUUCUUGGUUUAGUGAAUAACACGCUCUAGUUGCAUUUCAUCCAUGUCAUAACCAGAAAAGCUAAUCAAACAAUUAGAUUUAUUUAAAGCCCAGGCUUCUUUGGGAAAGACACUACAAAUGGAAAUGAAUUGCUUCUUUGCUCUUAGAGUCCGGUAAUUGUGUUUUACAACAUGGGAUAUGGAACAAAAUGGAUGUCACUACAUCUGAAUAUGGCAUGCAAUGCUUCUGCAAUGAAAAGAAUCAAGAAUGUAUCUUCAAUAAAUGUGAGUCAAUGUAACAAAAAUAUGGUUACACAGUGGCAAGAAGGGUUAAUAAUAAUACAACAUGGUGUUGGCCAAGCAUUAAGGGGUUAAUGCCUAAGGCCAAAGGUCUUGGGUUCGAGUCCCCUGUGGCACGACCUUUUAAUUUCUUUAUUUAAUAUUGUAAAUUUAUCAAAAAUAAAUAAAUAAUAAUACAAUAUCAAUAAGAAGAUUCUUGUAGGCAAAGGAUUUUAGUCUUUAGAAGGAACGAUGGAGAUGGAAAUCUAUAUAAAGUGAAUUUUCAUUAGAAAUAUGUGAUAGAACGGAGUACGUGAGUUUGAGAGGAGCGAGAAGAAAAGGUUAUAGAAGAGAUUGAUGCCAUCUUUUUAUAUGCAGUAACUUAGCAGAAUCCAGCUAGAGUGAAAAGAGUCAGUAGUUCGCCUUCUCCAAAUUAUCAUUAAUAGUAUAUUUACAAUUAAAUUAUGUGUACUUUUAAGUUUUUUGGUUAGUUUCUAGAUAAAUAGUUUAUGGGUGAAUUCAUUAACGAAUUUAGCAUAAUCUCUUAUCUAACUGACAAUUACAACAUGACUUUUAGAACAUUGCAAUUUUACCACAACCUUUCAAUUUUUUGAAUUAUAGCAUUCUGCUUUUUGUGAGAUGUGAAGUGCACACAUACACUCCAUUGUCUUCACUAACAUGUCGAGUCAAAUGACGUCGAAAAAAUUGAAAGAUUGGGGUUAAAUUGCAAUGUUUUAAAGACAUGCUGCAUUAAUUUGGUGAAACCGUGAAAGGUUGUGUUAAAUUCGGCAAUUAACCCUUAUCUUAUUUAAUGUGACAUACAAGAGAAUUUGUAAUGUUGAUGUGCAGGCUGUGAUGGGGCUAUGUUAUUUUACAUUUAUAGCCUUGAACAAAGAUGAAGCCCCAAAAGGAGGUGGAGGAGAAACCGCUUCUGUAGACGACAGUCUUGAAGAAGCCAGAAAAAUUAUGGAAAAAUACAAAUAAAUAGGUUCAACUCCUUCUUCCUCUCUCCUCUUUUUUUUUUUAAUGUCGAUAUGUCUUCAAAUGUAAAUACUAGCAUUUUUGACAAUAUAUUGUUCUUGUUUCUCAACAGUAUUUCAGCAAAAAUCCUCUUCAAGAAAUAAAAUUAAUUUGAUCUGACA